AUGGGGAAGCUAGUCGAGAAGAUUAUCCCUGAGGCUUCGGAUAAGAGUCUUACACCGAACACGGAGAGAUCGCACAGAGAUUCACCCACGCUGUCAACGCCAACUGGACAUGACUCUCACCUAGGACUGGACGUGCUUGAAGAAUCUGUGGGCGACGAUAGUCCCAUCGGAUUGCUACUCAACCUACGGCAGAUGGACACCGCAGUACAGUCUACCCAGAACAUGUUGACACCUGAAGCUUAUCUUGCAAACCAGCCGUCGACAGGAACGAGUAGCUCGCGGCAUGAGAAGUUAUCGAGAACGCUCUAUGCUUUGUUUCCCUUGCAAGCGAGUGUGGACGCUAUCGUCAAUUUCAGCACUGGCAUUUACUCUGUAGCCUCUCAGUUCUACUCGGUCCAUGACAUCAUUCAAGGCCAAACCGAGAUGCUAUCGGCCGCUUGUGAUAUCCCCCCAGUUACGAGUCACCCUGCCCUAUUAGCACGACAACUGCUGAAGUUGAUAAUUUGCAUCCAACAACUGAAGCCUGGGUUUGACUUCGAGAAAGUACAGCUCAGAGCAACGCCAACGCAGGUCAUGAAUACCAUUAUCAACACCGUGACCAACAACGUAACGUCAAAUGACGACCUGGUCGGCACUCAUGAGGGUCUGGAGUGCCUCAUCAUGCAAGGCCUUUGGCACAAAAAUGCCGGCAAUCUUCGCAGAUCUUGGCUUAGCUAUCGCAGGGCCAUGAGCGUCGGCCAGUUGAUGGGCAUUGAUCGAGCAAGAUGCAGCACUCUGAAAUCGGCUGACCCUUCGUCUGACCCUGCUAAGAGGACAUCGACUGAGACGAUGUGGUUUCAAAUCAAUUCUUGUGAUCGAUACCUCUCUCUCUUGCUUGGUUUGCCAGCGGGAUCACUGGACAGCAGCUUUGCCAGUGACGAAGCUAUGCAGGGGCUCACGGCCACGGAACGGCUGGAGCGACUACAAACGGUGGCUAGUGCUCGCAUUGUGGAACGCAACAGAAACAAGAGCACCCGGGAUUACGUGCUCACACAGGCAAUUGAUUUUGACCUGGAGACGGCAGCUCGGAGUAUGGAGACGGGCUGGUGGACCGAGCCUAGUAUUCCAACCUUUGAGCGUGGAGACCAUACUGCCAUGCUCCAGAUAUUGCACAUUCUGCUUCAAAUAAACCACUAUACCCUCCGGGUCCUGUUACAUUUACCUUACAUGCUCCAAGACUCGACCGAUGAUCGAUACCACUACAGUAAGGCUACUUGUACCAGGUCAAGCCGAGAGAUCCUCCGGCGCUUCAUCAGCUUCCGCACACUGGUGAAUACUCCAUUCUCCUGCCGACAUGUCGACUAUGCGGCUUUGAUUGCUGCUAUGACUUUGUUGUUGAGCUAUCUCAAGCAGCGCGGAAGCAUAAACUUGCCACAACCCAUGCCCUGGUGUGCUCAGCGACAGGAGGAUAGAAAAUUAGUCGAGGUGGCUAAGGAGAGGAUGCAAUUCUUGGCGGUCAUGAACCAAGAUAAAAUAUCCAAAGAAUGCGCAGAAACUAUUGGACAGAUGAUGCCUAUUCUUGAUUCGAGUGACAUUUCACUCAUCGAAAACAUGAAUCUGACUGACCCCGGAGUUGUCCACCUGGCUAUCCCUUACCUUGGAACGGUUAAUUUCCACACAAGCAUUGCGAGGAAAAUCGCAGAACCAACCACCUUCCCUCCCAGAGAAAGUCUUGCGGUAGCCAAUAUGCAUACCGUGCAAGAAGGACAAUCCCCGGUCGCCAUACGUACACCAAGGCCAACUGCCCCCGCUCUGCUUGCAGAGCAGCCCAUAGACUUUGCGUCGUUAGACCCCACAACAUACUCUGCUGACGGCAGCGUGAUUGAUGGCAUGGUCAUGGAAUUCGAGCCCAGCAACGACAGCAUGCUUGAGUUACCAGAUUUGACCGCCGAGGUGGAGGAUUGGGUCUUACAGGGGGUCGAAUCGACAUAUUGGUCGUUGCUUCAGGACAACGACUUUUCUUGA